UCUGGUCUCUCUUCUCUCCCAGCGACAAGAAGAUGUUUGCAACAAUGCUGAAGAUAUUUCCAAUUCUAGCCAUCCUGACAGGCCCUGUCAGCGGUGUUGUGGUGACCGUCCCUGAGAAGACAGUGAAUGUCACUACAGGUGGAAACGCAACCCUCCUCUGUACAUACACGAGUCCUGGACUGCUGGGAAAUUUCUUUAUUCAGUGGAGCUUUUACAGCGCCAAAGAGAGACAACUGCUUACCAUCUAUUAUUAUACAGGAGGCCAGUCUUACUCCUAUGGAGAAUUUAAGAACAGGAUAACAGCUGCAACAGGUCCAGGAAAUGCAUCAAUAACAAUCUCCGACAUGCGGCCCUCAGAUACUGGUUCCUACACCUGUGAAGUUUUCAGCCCAGAGGCUGACGUUGGACAGAGUCAAAAAUCUGUGAUUGUCCGUGUGCUGGUCAAACCAUCAAAACCCUUCUGCAAAAUAGAAGGAACACCUGAAAAAGGCCAUCUGAUCUACCUCUUAUGCAAAUGUGAAGAAGGAUUGCCUCGCCCUACCUACCACUGGUACAAAGUAGAUGAGAAUACCCUCAGGCCUGUGACUGAACAACUUAAUCCAAACACUGGCAUUCUUUACAUCAGCAAUCUCACCACCUUUGAAACUGGGUAUUACCGGUGCAUAGCCAGCAACAUCCUGGGGAACAGUACCUGUGAGCUUGACCUAACUGCAAAGCAUUCAGACAGUGGUAUUGUUGCUGGAGCAUUAAUUGGAGCAAUUCUGGCAGCUGCUAUAAUUUCUGUUAUCGUCUGGAUCUUAACCAAGAAGGCAAAGAAUAAGAAGUCAUCAAGUAACGAGAUGCAAGAAAUGGCCCAGAAACAGCCCAAUACAGAGUAUGUUCAGGUACCUAAUGAAGACAACAUGCCUGCGACCACAGUUCCAUCAAGCAAUGCGACAAAUGAAUACCCUAGCGUUGAUGAAACGACAGCCACUGGAACACCUGAAAAUGAUGAGAAGCAGGAAGUGGAAAAAGAAGAAAUAGCCUAGAGUUUUAAUACAGUUUCCCUUGUCAGCUUUGGACCCCUUUACACAAAAAUUGUUGUCAUUGUAGAAGCAUGACUAAAACUUAAAUGAGCAUUUGUAUUGUGAACCACUGGGCUGGGGAUUGAAAAGGGUCUGUUACACAUGCACUUUGUGAAUAGCUGAAGAUUUGGCCUUUAAAGUUAACUAAAUUUCAUUUAUUAUCUAGUUAUAAUUGUACCUAAAUAUAAGUAUAAAAAUACUAUCAUCCACAUUUAUCCAAUCUAUUUUGCAAAACAAAUUAGGAAAUGGGCUGAAACAUUUGACAAAGGGCUUUUUUGGUCAACUAUCAGUGAUGCUGCAUGUAUCCAUACAGUUCUGAAC